AUGGCGGUAGCUCCUCGAAUUUUGCUCUCCGCUAUCACCCUAUUCAUCGGCAUCUUGCUGGUGUCCUCUCCUAACAGAAGCAGUCACAACCAGGUCAGCACCUGGUCUUCUCAGGAUCUCCGAUCGCUGCUGGAAGACAAUGGCGUGACCGUGCCCGAAAAGAGCAACCGAGACGCUCUCCUUAAGGAGGUCCGAAUCCACUGGAACGACCUCACCUCUCCCCUUGACCAGACCUCCACCACCGAUCUUUCCAAGAAGCUCGGCAUCGACGUCGAGCAGCUCUCCUCCAACUGGAAGAAGUCUCUCGGCAACCUCAAGAACCAGGCCGACGAGACCUGGUCCGCUGCCUGGGCCAAGUCCUCCAAGCUGGCCGAUAACAUCUACAACGAUGUUAACCUCUGGACCUGGACCUUCAACUCCUGGUCCAACAAGCAGCUCAACGACCUGCUCGAGUCUGCCAAGAUUGUUGUUCCCUCUACUGCUACCCGAAGUGAGCUCAUCAAGGAUGUCAAGAAGAACUACCAGAAGAUUGCCGAAGCCGCUGGUGUCACCGGUGCUUCUCCCAAGCCUUCUUACCCCGCCAACUGGCUCUACAACGCCUGGUCCGAUUCUGAUCUCAAGAAGUGGCUCGACGAGCGAGGAAUUCCUGUCCCCCAGGGCUCCAAGCGAAACGAGCUGAUUGCUGCCGUCCGAAAGAAUUCCCGAACCCUUUACGUUAAGGGUGAGCAAGCUCGAGAUAACCUCAAGAAGACCUUCGACAUCUCCAAGGAGGAUGUCUUCGACAAGGCUGGCAAGAUUCGGGAGAACGUCUUCGACGACUGGUCCAACUCCGAGCUCAAGUACUGGGCUGACUCCCACGGAAUCCCUGUUCCCCAGAACUCUCAGAAGGAUGAGGUCCUGGCCAUCGUCCGACGAAACCGACAGCUCCUCUACAACGACUACGAGGAUGCCAAAACCACUUACAAGAAGAAGAAUCAUGUUCCGUUCGUCAAGCGAGCCGAGGACCUUGCUGACCAGGCCUUCCAGGAGGCCUCCAAGCUCUGGUCCGAAUCCCGACUGGGCUCUUUCCUGGAGUCUCGAAAGGUUGAGGCUCCCGAGGGUGCCACCAAGGACGAUCUUCUCAAGCUUGUGAACCGAUACCGAAAUGCUGCUGGCUCUCAAUGGGACUCCCUUUUCGAGUCUUGGGACACCAAGAAGCUUGAGAAUUGGCUCUCUGAGCAGGGACAGGCCGCCAAGGGCUCCCACGACCAGCUCGUUAAGGAGGCUUCUAAGUACAUCAAUCAGGCCCAGCACGUUCUUGGUGAGAAGUACGACGUUCUCUCUGCUGACCUCGACAAGCAGUACAAGGAGGCCAAGAAGACCUCUUUCUCUGAGUGGUCCGAUUCUGACCUUAAGGCUUACCUUGACACCUACGGUAUCCCCACCUACCAGGGCUCUACACGAAACGAGCUCCUCGCCAAGGCCCGAAAGAACCUGGGUCUCUUCACCCGAGGAGCCGAUCCCAACAUUUGGAUCAAGGCCCAUGAUGGUAUCAACAAGUUUCUUGUUUCCACCAAAUACAAGCUCGUCGACCUUGCCGACAAUGUUGCUGACCAUGUUCAUGAGCAUUUCCAGCUCCUGCCCGGUCGUAUCGAACGAUUCUCCUCUUGGCUCCUUGCCAAGGCCACUGGCAAGAAGGUCAUUGUUGUCUAA